CUGGCUUUGACUUGUUGUAGACGAGCUGAUGAUGAAUUUCAAGUUCUUCCAACAGCCAGCUAAUCAAUCUAGAAUAGGCUUUCACUGAGAGCACAAAGAAAGCCAUUAAUUCAAGUAAGGAAUUUGAAUAAUCGAGAAACCUUCUUCCUUUGUGGAACUUACAACGCUAAAGUCUUAACGAUAUAUCUUCCUUCAUAUUGAGCGCAGUAUUAUUAUUUCUGCAGCAUUUGUGCAAAGUCGUCGCAUAUUUUGAUGUGACUAUUGAAAGUCGCAUCGUCUGUCUGUUUCUCGUGACCUCGUCUUGCAUCAUCUACCUCAUCAUGCCCUACUACACGGGCAGAAGCGACGAGCAGCUGGGCAACACGAUGCGUUUGCAGAUCAGAGCCUCUAUCGCCUGGUCGUCGGAGCGUAAUAUGGUCGCCAAGUUGACGCCGUUGGUGUGCACUUUGAUUGCCGCUGGCUUUGCCUAUGGCUAUACAUCGAAAUUCAUUGAACCCUGCUCGUAUCCGGCGCGCGAUGUUUUCUUUUCGCGUUACAUCAAGAGCGGAUGCACCAAGGCGGAGAUGAAGGCAUUGGACACCAUAAGUAUUGGUGUUUUGAUCAUUUUGCUCACCUACAUCGAUUUCUAAUCGAAAAUCCAUCUGAAUUGUGGCAAAAGAAUAUGGGAAAGUUGAAGCAAAAAAAGGUUGCUUAACGUAUAAAUAAAUAUAGCAAUUAUACGGAUCAUUUUCACAUCUAUCUAUGUACAUUUCAUAUUGCCUUAAAUUACUAAAUUCAUAUGUUGUUAAGUAAAGUCGAGUACUGAGUGAGUCUACAAAUGUUUUAAUUUAAAAAU